GAGAGGAAUCCUUCGUUCUCUUCUAGUAUUCUAGACAAAGCUCUUCCUGUUCUCUUUCUGCAGAUUGUUCUCUCCCGCUCGCUUUCUUUUUUUCCUCACAACUUUCGCUUUUCUAUCGAACACAAAGCUCCGCGAUGGCUCCCGCUCUUGCUGCACCAGUUGCCGGUUCCGCGGCCAAGGAUGUCAAGAGGGAAUCAGCAACUGCGAGACUACUGGGAUCCGGCUCUGCCGGUAUCGCUGAACUUCUCAUUUUCCAUCCAGUCGAUACAACCGCAAAGCGUUUGAUGAGCAAUCAGACAAAAAUCUCGUCUGUCUCGGCCCUCAACAAAGUCGUCUUCAAAGAUUAUGCUUCUGCCUCCGUCCUCCGCAAAUUCACAUCCUUAUUCCCUGGUUUAGGCUAUGCCGCUGGUUACAAAGUCUUGCAACGAAUCUACAAGUACGGAGGACAGCCAUUCGUCCGUGAUCAUCUUGCCAAGCACUAUGGCACCGACUUUGAUAAUGCAUUCGGUAAGGGAACUGGCAAGGCUAUUAUGCAUGCGACGGCCGGAAGUUUGAUCGGAAUCGGAGAAAUCGUUCUCCUUCCUCUCGAUGUUUUGAAGAUUAAGAGACAGACAAAUCCGGAGGCCUUCCGUGGCCGUGGCCUCUUCAAGAUUAUUUCCGACGAGGGAAUGGGUCUAUAUCGCGGUGCCGGCUGGACUGCUGCCCGUAACGCUCCUGGUUCAUUUGCACUCUUUGGUGGUUCUGCCUUUGCAAAGGAGUACAUCUAUGGCCUUUCGGACUAUAACAAGGCGUCUUGGCUUCAGAACUUCGUUGCCUCCGUGGCUGGUGCUAGCGCAUCUUUGAUCGUCUCUGCACCAUUGGACGUCAUCAAGACCCGCAUUCAAAACCGAAACUUCGAGAACCCCGAGUCCGGAUUCCGUAUCGUUAGCAGCAUGGUUCGCAACGAAGGUCUUACCAGCUUCUUCAAGGGGUUGACACCCAAGCUCUUGAUGACUGGACCGAAGCUGGUGUUCAGCUUCUGGUUGGCGCAGACCUUGAUACCCGCUUUUGGAGCAGUUGUAUGAUGAAAAAUGUGUUUUGGUACAUCGGCGUUCUCGUAUAUGUGUUUUACCUUGUUUUAAUGCGCCCUCAUAGAUUUUUAAUGCUCGGGUUUCGCAUAUGUAUUUAUAGAAACUCCCUUCUUCGGGGUGCUCGGUUUGGCUUUUUUGGAGGAGUUCAGCGAAGAACCUUAAAGCGGGAUUCAAAAAUAGGGAUGAGCUAUUUGACUCUAGAGCGCAUAUAUUAAAUGAAGACCAUUCUAUAAAGUA